UAUAUAUACACACACGAAACUUUAGAGGUUAUGGUCUACAAGGUCAAAUUAGUUUUGUUUUCAUUUUCAAUAAAGAUUGUGAUCAUUUGGCGACUAGUUUUGUAUCGCUGUUGAAUAGCUUUGCGUUAUAAUUGCCUCACUAAUAUUUACAUUUACGUAUUACUGUUUAUUACUGAUCAAUAAAAAGUUAAAUAAUGGAAGGAACGAGUGAAAAAAAGAAGAAAGUAUGGACUGAUGAAGAGCGAUUAGAACUUGCUUCGAAAUUAGAUACAGAGCUUGACGAAUAUAUAAGUAAUUUGGAAAAGAAAAGUUAUACUGAAGGAUGGCCAGAAGAUCGGUGGGACGAGGAAAUGGAAAAACAUCCAUUUUUCAUGAAAAAGGCACCAGAACCUGGAGAAAAACUUUCUCCAUUGAUGGAGGGUCUAUUACAGCUCAAAUAUGGAGAAGAUGAGAAUACACCUGAGGAACUUGCAAACAAUUAUAAAGAAGAUGGAAAUUUCAAUUUUAAACAUAAAAAGUAUAGAUUAGCUAUUGUGAGUUACACAGAAGGAAUAAGAACUAAAUGCAAAGAUACUAAUUUAAUGGCUCAGCUUUAUAAUAAUAGAGCUGCUGCACAUUAUAUGCUAAAAAAUUUUAGAUCAAGCUUAAAUGAUUGCAAGCUUGCACUGAAAUUAACACCAAAGUAUAUAAAAGUUUCGAAGAGAGCUGCCAAUUGUUGCUUUCAUGUAAAAAAUUAUGAGCAAUGUAUUGACUUUUGCAAUGAAAUACUAAAAGAAUGUCCCAACAACGACAUGUCAUUACGCUUAAAAUCACAAGCAAUAGCUGCAGGAGAACAAUUGAAAAUAGAGCAAAGAAACCAAGAUAAAUUAGAAAAGAAAUUAGAUAAAGGAAAAGAAGACUUAUUAACUAUAAUAAGAAGCAGGGGUGUUAAUUUAGAAUUGAUUGAAGGAAAAAGAAUUCCAGUUUUAAAGGAUUUAGAGCCUCAAACGCCACAGGUAGCACAGAGUAGGGUCCAUCUGGAUGCACAAAAUAAACUGAUUUGGCCAGUCAUGAUUUUAUAUCCAGAAAUGCAGCAAACAGAUUUUAUACAAAAUUUUCAUGAAGACGCAUCGUUAUUAGAACAAUUGGAACAAGUGUUUAGCGUACCACCUGAAUGGGAUUCAGAGGAACGUUAUACCAUUGAAAACAUAAAUGUUUAUUUUGAGGGGAAAGAUAAAUGUUCUUUGCACAAGGUGAACAUCUGCCAAUCUCUAGGGAAAAUAUUGCAGGAUAAGCAGUAUAUAGUGCGCGGAGGAACGCCGACAUUUUUAGUACUUGUUAACUCCAGCGAAGCAGAAAAGCGAUUUUUAGCUAAUUAUUCAAUACAUUAUCUGUAAAUGUGUUUCUAAAAAAUCAACAUACCUGUUAAUAAUUAAUAAUUAGAUUACGAAUGUUUACAUAGAUUCAUAUAUUUGUUAACAUAAUUAAAAAAAUGGAAUUUAGUUAGAAAUCUAUUUCAAUUGUU